AUGCCGCCUUCCGUCAAGGUUUGUUAUAUGGAUCCUCUGCAAAUUGUGCCAGAGCAGGACAGAAACUUACAUAAAUCUUCUUCAACCCAGACUGCUCCACUUGACGAGCUUUUUCGUCGUUGUGAUUUUGAUUGGGCAGAGGACGCCGAAGAGGUGGCUACGAAUACCUCCAACACACAUGAAUCUCUCAACUAUUCUUUGCCAGAGGCAAACCUUCACAAUGAAAUCCAUCCCAUUCCUCGCCAUCUCAUACAGCCCAAGUAUAAACCAUCACUUGCAACUAUUGACGAAGAGGUGUGGGAUGAGGCAUGGGGUCGGGGUUAUGGGUCGCCUCCAAGACAUGGCGAGCUGGAUGAGGAUAUACUUCCAUCCAGCCCCAACCCGGACUUCAAUACGGUUGCCGAACAUGCGCUAAACAACAUUUUUGCAGAUAGACAGGCCUGGAUUGAUGUUGAUGAGGGAAUACAUCACUUUAACUGGAUGGGUCUACGGGUGUACACCCACAGCGCGACCUCCCCAUCCGAUUCCCUUGCUAUCAUUUUAGCGCAACCGAAGAACCCACAGGGAAGUGAGAUGUGGCGGAUUCACUCAGUUCUCAACCGAGCCUCUCACUAUAUUGACCCAGUGCUUGUACUUUUGGAUGGCACAGACGAAAGUUUGUUCGAGCUCCGGGGCACGAAGCUUGUACGCGAAUCGACCGGACGGGUCUUCAAGUUUUAUUCCCCACAUGGAAAAUGGACGAAGGAUGAGAGCGACAGAAACGACGAAACAAUCACUGAUUUUGGCAGCACCCAGACAUACGAAGAACCAGAUUUGGCUGUCGGCAAUGGCUUUGUGGAGUCUAGUGUCAUUCGCUCACUAUCCCAGUGGCAGGAGUGCCGCGAUGAAGCUUUUGAGACAUCUGAGGAAUUGAGGCGGCUUCCGCGGAAAUUAACUUGGGAGAAAAUGCCCUCGCCUUUGCGACAAUGUGAAACAAUUCCAACCCCAGCAAGCUCCGAGCCAUCAUGCCAUCAGAUCAUCAAUCAGGCCAAGAGACCGCCUCGUAAGAUCACCACCUGUGUUCUCGGAGCACCCAGUGAGGAAUAUUUCUCUUUCCCGACUCCUACUUUUGGUCGACGUGGCCUAACCAGAAAAUCUCUUGACAAGGCUCGUCGGGGAUUACAAUCCAUGUUUAGUUCGCUGAAGAGCACCUUGUAUUAG